AUGCAUUUUUCACAAGCCGUCCGCAAUUCUCAUAAGCUCUUUGCCACCACUCACCAGAGAAGCAACGGCAAGCGCCAGUACUCCGGCUCCGGCCACCACCAACACAACCCUCAGGAAGCGUCACCUCCACGGAUCACCUGGCCGACCGAGCCGCAGCCCACGCCGUACCGAAUCCUCGGUCUCGAAGCCGGCCGGCCUUACGCCAAGGCCAAUUUCAACCGGCUGGUCAAGAUGUACCACCCCGACAUGGGCCGCCACCAUCGCAGCAACAACGACCACGACGCCGUCUCGCCACAGGCGCAACUGCACCGAUAUCUCCUCGUGGUCGCAGCGCACGACCUCCUCAGCGACCCUUCGCGGCGGCGGCGAUACGACCUGCACGGCCUCGGAUGGAUGGCUGGCACCCGGUCCAACGCUGCUGCUGCUGCGGCGGCGACGACGGGCCAGAGGCGACGCGAGGCAGACUGGCGCCAGGAUACGGAACCCUCGCCGCUCCGUCAAGCACCCAUCUACAUGUCCAACCACGCCUUCGCCAUCCUCGCGCUGAUGCUCGCGCUCGGCUACGCGAUCGUGUCGUGCGAGCGCGUGCGGCGGGCGGCGCGGCGGGAGGACGCGCGGCGCACGCACGUGGUCGACGGCGACGCGGUGCGUGCGCUGUACGGCGCGCAGUACCUCGUCCAGGGCCGGUCCAAGGACGAGCGCAUACUGGCGUUUCUGUGUCGGCGGCACGUGGCGGCGGGAGGGGGAGAUGGGGACGGCGUGGGCUUCGUGCCGUUUGAUAAGGACUGGGAGCAGAACAUUUGUCGGCACUAG